AUUCUCCCCUCCAUCUGUUCAAGACCUCCAAAAUAAUCAUGGACGCCUACCACGCCCACUUCAGUACCAACCAGAACGCUGGCUCUCAACCUGCUCAGAAUCACACCCCGCACGGUGCCAAUGUCGAUUACUACGGGGGAGAGGCGCCAGUUCCGUCGACGCAUGCCGAGCCAACCCCAGACCACCAAGGCGGCGAAGAGGACCGUGGGCUAGGGUCACUUAUGAAGAAACUCGGCGGCAAGGAGGGCAAAGAAAGCAAGGAGGGCAAGGCAGGCAAGGCAGGCAAGGAAGGAAAGGAAGACAAAGAUGGGGAAGACGGAGAAAAGAAGAAGAAGGGUAAAGCCAGCAAGAUCAUGAAGCUGGGGAUGAAAGCCUACAAGAAACACAAGGAAAAGAAGAAGUCCAAAGGGGAGAGCGGGUCCAAGCCGCAUAAGUCUCAUUCCGGAGGAGCAGUGGCAGCAGAGGGGGAAGAGGAAGAGGAAAGCUCCAGUGGGUCAGAAUCCGGAUCUGAUGAUGAGUCGGACGACUCUGAGUCUGACUCGGGGUCAGGGUCGGAUUCUGAUUGAUUUCUACUUUAU